GCGUGGAGCAGUAUUGCAGCACUUGCAGUCUUCUCCCUCACUCUGACAAUGUUGCUGCCUGCAACUUAUAAUAUUUUUCUCCUUCUCUUUUACCUUUAAGUCAUCACUGCUGCCUUCCAGCUUGCGCUUGUGCCGCUGGAUUGAGCAAAGGGAGGGAAAGCAUUUUGGCUUAGAAACACAAAGGAAGAGGUUUAAAUCCAGCCUUCUGGGGACUGCUAUGGAUUUUCUUUUCCUGGGUGAGAGCAACAAAAGGCUGCCUGAAAGACGAGAGCGCACCACCCAUGUGGGCUGAUGGCUGCUCUCCCCCAGCGUGCGCUAAGUUGGAAUGCAGAUGGGAGUGAAGUGCCUGCUUUGCCUUCUCUGCGGAAGCUGGGGAGCCAGUCUUCAGUUUUGCCCAUGCUGCUUCACCUUCAACCAGAAUUUCUUCAUUAAUGCCUGCGUUUAGAAACUCUUGCCCUGUUCUGCCUCGUGGCCAGCCAGUUUGACAGAUCUGUUGCUGGAUUUUCUUAAGGGAACGUAUCAAGAUCUGUUCACCUUUUUAAGAUAAUAACAAUAAUUAUCUGCAUUCCAAAUCUAGAGAUCCCGACUGACAACGGUUUUAAAUUUUACUACACGGGAGUGUACCAUUUGUUGGGUGUCAAUCUGGUAGAGUCAAUAGGACUUUGUUCCGUUUAAGUGGAGGAGUGCAGUAGAGCCCUACUGUCUUGUGGGAGACUGCCGGAGAGAGCGAGGCUGCUGUAAUGUGAUUCCAGUGCCAUCCAAGGCGGAGAGAGAGGAGUGCCUCUUGCAAUUUAGCUGAAUGCUUUGAUAGUUAAAUAGCAGACAUGCUUUGCGGGCUGAAAAAGGAUUUGCAGUCAGACUUCGAUGAUGGCCCUUACUCGAAAGGGAGCAAAGACUCAGGUGGACUGGAUACAGCCCUGGUUUCAAGAAGGCAAAGUAUACCAGAAGAAUUCAGAGGAGUCACAAUUGUGGAACUGAUUAAAAAAGAAGGAAGCACCCUUGGCUUAACUAUAUCUGGUGGUACAGAUAAAGAUGGUAAACCAAGAGUUUCCAACCUGAGACCAGGAGGGCUGGCAGCAAGGAGCGACCAGCUAAACGUUGGUGACUACAUCAAGUCAGUGAAUGGGAUUAACCUGACGAAACUUCGGCAUGACGAAAUCAUAAGCCUUUUGAAGAACGUGGGGGAAAGGGUGGUGCUAGAGGUAGAAUACGAGCUGCCACUAGCGGCCCCGGAUAACAGUGCCGGCAUCAUUCCAAAGACCAUUGAAGUCACCCUGUACAAAGAAGGCAACAGUUUUGGAUUUGUACUACGAGGAGGAGCCCACGAAGAUUGGCACAAAUCCAGGCCAUUAGUACUGACAUAUGUUAGGCCAGGUGGUCCAGCAGACAGGGAAGGGUCUCUGAAAAUUGGGGACAGGCUGCUGAGUGUUGACGGGAUUCCCCUUCACAGUGUGAGUCACGCUGACGCAUUGAACAUUCUUCGCCAGUGCAACCAAGAGGCACUUUUCCAGAUUGAGUAUGAUGUCACCAUAAUGGAUACAGUAGCCAAUGCUUCAGGUCCUUUGCUAGUGGAAAUUGCAAAGACUCCCGGCUCUGCACUAGGAAUCACACUAGCAACAAACACCCAUCGGAAUAAGCAGGUCAUAGUCAUUGACAAGAUCAAGCCAGCCAGUGUGGUAGACAGGUGUGGGGCCUUGCAUGUUGGCGAUCACAUUCUUUCCAUUGAUGGCACCAGCACUGAACAUUGCUCCUUGCUGGAGGCUACCCAACUGCUAGCUGCAACGUCAGAAAACGUCAAGUUGGAGAUACUACCUGCACACCAGAGUAGACUCCCCCUCAAGCCUCCAGACACGGUCAAAGUGCAGAAGAGUGACCACCACCAUUGCUGGGAUCCCUGUGUCAGCUAUUGCCACACUCACCAUCCAGGGCAUUGCAAGACACCCACCUGGAACCAGACAUCCAGCCAGGAUUACUGCAAAUCUCUUGUAGCUGCCAGCUUUGCAUCUCCCACGAUGAACACGUCAGCGUUUGCCUGCCAGAAUUCUAAUACUCUACCUCGAAGCAACCAUCCCAUGAGCCCACGGGCCACCAUGUUGAGGAGAAGACAAAGGAAGAAGGAGCACAAAAGCUCAUUGUCAUUGGCCUCUAGCACUGUGGGACCUGGAGGGCAGAUUGUUCAUACGGAAACAACAGAGGUGAUUCUAAGAGGAGACCCCUUGAACGGCUUUGGACUGCAGCUGCAGGGAGGGAUCUUUGCUACUGAAACUCUCUCUUCUCCACCUCUCAUCCGAUUUAUUGAGCCUGACAGCCCAGCAGAGAGGUGUGGCCUCCUGCAAGUUGGAGAUAGGGUGCUUUCCAUCAACAGCAUUGCAACAGAAGAUGGGACAAUGGAAGAAGCCAACCAGCUCUUGCGGGAUGCAGCACUUACUAACAAGGUUGUGCUGGAGAUUGAAUUUGAUGUAGCAGAAUCGGUCAUUCCCAGCAGUGGCACCUUUCACGUGAAGCUACCCAAGAAAAGAGGUGUGGAGCUUGGAAUUACUAUCAGCUCAAGCAGAAAGUCUGGGGAGCCUUUAAUUAUCUCUGAUAUCAAGAAGGGAAGUGUAGCACACAGGACUGGCACCUUAGAGCCUGGAGACAAGCUGUUAGCCAUUGAUAAUAUCCGACUCGACAAUUGCUCAAUGGAGGAUGCGGUGCAGAUCUUAAAGCAGUGUGAAGAACUUGUCAAAUUGAAGAUCAGGAAGGAUGAGGAUAAUUCUGAUGAGCAAGAAACAACUGGUGCUAUCAUCUACACAGUGGAGCUAAAGAGAUAUGGUGGACCCCUGGGAAUCACUAUUUCAGGGACCGAGGAGCCUUUUGACCCAAUUGUCAUUUCAGGACUGACAAAACGAGGGCUGGCGGAAAGGACUGGAGCGAUCCAUGUAGGAGACCGGAUAUUAGCUAUUAAUAAUGUAAGCCUUAAGGGGAAGCCUCUGAGUGAAGCCAUUCAUCUACUCCAAAUGGCUGGAGAAACUGUAACUCUGAAGAUCAAGAAGCAAACCGAAAGGACUUACCCGAAACAGUCUGGGAGUAUAAAUGAAGUGAGCGACCCAGAAGAUGACCUGACUGAUUCCCAGAAAACUAGCAAACUCUCUGAGAUUUAUUCCACCACAAUCCCCAGUGUGGACAGUGCAAUGGAAUCCUGGGACGGUUCUGGCAUUGAUGCUGGUUAUGGAAGUCAGGUAGGUACAUACUUGCCUCAAGCUGUUGGCAUUGCGCUUCACCCACAUGAAUGGAGAUCCAGCAGACAGAAGAACAGUACCCCUCCUGGUGAUCCCAGGAAGAGUUACCCCUUUAUGGAUGGCAGUUUCAGUGAAGAUGACUGGGAGAAGCCCAGCAGAUAUCCCAACCGCCAAAAUGGCCUUGAGACCGCACAUGAGGAUAAUUUUUGGCGUGUUUUUGGAGAAGCUUUGGAGGACUUGGAAACAUGCGGCCAGUCUGAGCUUUUGAGGGAGAUUGAGGCAUCCAUCAUGACAGGGAGUGUACACAAUCUAGACCUUGACGGGGGCAAGUUGCUCAUGAACUCUGUCAACCAAUCAGGACUGAGCCCACCAAGGAAAGGGAACACCAAGAGCUCAGGUGAAGGGAAGGGCAAUGCCAAUGUCACUCCCACCAAGAAAAAUGACAGGAAUUUGGAGAUUAAGAUGAUGAAGGAAGAGAUCCAAGAAAUCAUGUCUCCCACCCCUCUUGAGCUGCACAAGAUAACUAUUUAUAAGGAUCCAGAGACUGAAGACUUUGGAUUCAGUGUCUCAGAUGGCUUGCUGGAAAAAGGCGUCUAUGUGAAUAUGAUCCGCCCAGAUGGGCCAGCUGAUCAGUGUGGACUCAAGCCCUAUGACAGAGUCCUUCAGGUAAACCGCAUUCGAACCCGGGACUUUGACUGCUGCUUAGCUGUCCCUUUGAUAUCUGAAGCAGGAGACAAACUGGACCUGGUAAUCAGCCGGAAUCCCCUGGCCUUCACUGCCAAAGCCCAGCUCGAUGAGGAUUUGCCAGGCCGGCAGCCUCCUAGUGUGGAGGUCAAGGCAAACACACAGACACUCUGAAUGCUGGGUGGGCUUGGCAUCAACUGUUCUUGAGGUCCUGUGGGGGUGGGGGCAAAGGGGUUGAUGGGUGUCCGUAACACUUUUUUCGGUUUUACUUUUGCACUGGUAUUGUGAUUACUCUGUGUAACGUAACUUGCCAUGAAGAAAUGGGUUUCCCUUUUGUCGCAUCUUGAAGCCAGUCAGCCUAGGCCUUGAAGCCCCAAGCUGAGGCAGACCGGUGGAAAUGGUCCCUCUUUGGCCAACUCGGUGGGUGGGAUGGGCUGCUGUUGCCACUGAAAGCAGGAAGCAGUGCCCAGCACAACUCACCUGGGAGAGAACAUCCUUUGCUCAUGGUAUGAGCUUCUCCAGCAAACGGGGUCACAGGGCACCAGACUAUCAUCUUUGCCCCUGUCUUCGAAGGGCUUGGGUACAUGGUGCUAUUUUCUUGUUGUUUGCUUUGUUAAAUCAUGUACAGUGAAACUUAAUAUUUAACACACACACACACACACACACACACACACACACACACACUGCUUUGUUUCUGUGAAAGGCCACCCCUGCACUACCCCAUAGCUUUUCCUUAGCCCACGGCAAGAAGAGCCUUUUCCCAAUUCACAGCCACACUCUCCCAGAUCACUGCGGUGCUUGGGAUCAACCGAGAGCAGAGUUUCCCUUCGCAAGUUUUAUGAAGUCCUGAGCCAUUUGUCACAAAAGACGAGGCUCGGGGGUGUAAUUUUUUUCUCCCUUGCCACAUCUCAGGCACUCAUUCUUUGGGGUGCAGCCUAAACACAUCCACCACUAUUUGACUUCAAGACAAUGUGUGCUUGUUUUCUUCCUUCCUUCCUUCAUCUACUGUGUUUUUCUUAGACAGCACUGAUGAUACCAUACACAAAGGGCAGGGAACUGGCUUUUCUGGGUCACCAGUAACCUUGUGUGUGCCUCCCCCUACACACACACAGCACCAAGAAUCUUUCUCUUGGUUGAACCAUGAGUCUGUGAGUGGGCAGCUGAAUGUGAGUCACUCACAUAACCCUCUUUGCCCUGGCCCUCGUUUCCCCCCCCAUGGGAGUGGGGAAACCCUUGUAUCUCCUUGUCACUGUUAAGCAUGAGACAUCCUCUGCGAGAUUGGUAUUGUGUCUCCCAGUGCACCUCCUGUGGGUCGUCCUAGUGCAAGUGCAAGUGCGUGCGUUUGUUUGUUUAAAAAACCCCCACUGAUGAUGAGGGUUGGCGCCCUGUUGUAACCAGUCAUAGCAGCAGCCCCAUGUUUUUAGUAGUUACCUUCUCCUCCCUGGCUUUAUGAGCACGAUGCCUAUGUGACCCUCUGCCUUCCACAACUGAAUUCCGUUGUAGUGAUCGUGGAUGUGAUAUUCACAAUCUUUGGAUGAUCCGCCUGCAGCAGGUGAGGCGGACUUGCAACUUAAGGCCAUGGUCUCUUUCUUUCCACGUGGCAAAAAUGCCGGGGCUUGCAAAUCUCACUCCAGCCAGUCCAAUGGCCUGUGCCAGGGUUUCUGGAAUAGCACUUUAUUGUGGUGGUUUUUUCGACUGUCCCCCUACAAGGGAACUUGAGUAAGACCCUGGAAAUAGGAAACUGGCUCCUCUCUUCCUUUGUAUGCCCUUUGUUUCUUUUGGUACCUUUCUGAUGCAAAUUAAGGUGCCAUGUUUUGGUAUGGGUAACCUUCUCCGGUAGAUCAGUAAACCACAACUGGUUUUCAGAUCUGAGCCCAGGUUAAGCUGUGAUUGCAUCUACGUCUCUCUUUUCCCCUCCCUCUCUCUUUUUUAAAAAAAUAUGCUUAUUCAUUUUCUGGGCCACAUCAAAGUUUCCGUGCUUUCCUUAAGAUGUGCAUGGAGUCCCUUUGGGGCUGCAUCUAGCUGUAGCCAUUUUCUCUUCUCAAAGUAUGCAAUAUUCCAUACCAUGGCUGCCAUAUAACCUAGAUAAUGUGCCAUAAAAGAAACUGGAGGGUAUUGACAGUUGAGCAGAAAAAAGGGGUUUUAUAUGCAAUAUUCCCAAAAUGGCGGAAGCUCAGCGUGGCUUCAAAUAGGUUUUUAAUGAAGACUUUUAAUAAGGCUUUAAAAAAAAUGGUCCUUGUAUCCCUUCCUAUGCAUUUUGAAUGAUAC